AUGCAUUUCUCAAAGAUUAUCGCUGCUGCUUUCCUCGCCGCUCCUCUUGUAGCUGGCCAAACUUCCGCUUUCGGUGGAGCUGCCCCAACUGGUACUGGUGAGAUUGGAUCCCGCCCUACCGGUGGUGCUCAACCAUCUGGUUGCGCUGGUGGGUUCGGCGGUGCUUCUCCAUCUGGCGGUUUCGCCAUGGCUUCCGGUGGAGCUGGAGGACGUGGAGGACACCACCACAGUGGUGGUGCUCAACCAACCGGUUCAUCGAACUUCGGAAACGGCAAGGCGCAACAGUCCGGUGUUGCUCAAGCUUCCGGCAAGGGUGGCCACAAAGGGGGAAAGGGUGGAAAGGGAGGUGCUUCUGGAAGUGGCUUCGGUUGUGCAUCAAAGACCGGUUCCUCUGGAGCUAAGGCCACUGGAGGUGCCAAGGCUUCCGGUCAUCAAAGACGUCAACAAAGCAGUGCUGCCUUGCAACCAGGUGGAGAGAUGCAACAGCCAACUGGUUCCGCCGGUAGCUCCAAGCCAACUGGAGCUUGUCCAUCCGGUGCUGCUCCAUCAGGAUUCGGAGGUGCUGUCCCAUCUGGCUUCCCAUCUGGAGCUGUCCCAUCAGGAUUUGGAGGUGCUGUCCCAUCUGGCUUCCCAUCUGGAGCUGUCCCAUCAGGAUUUGGAGGUGCUGUCCCAUCUGGCUUCCCAUCUGGAGCUGCUCCAUCAGGAUUCGAAGGUGCUGUCCCAUCUGGCUUCCCAUCUGGCUUCCCAUCUGGAGCUGCUCCAUCAGGAUUCGAAGGUGCUGUCCCAUCUGGCUUCCCAUCCGGCUCUGCUGCCGCUCCUGAACCUACGUCCUAA